AGUGGCAAAAAAGCAAGACAGAAAAUGGCGACGGCGGGGAGCCGGACCUCGUCGUUAGGUGGAUUAUUGGACUCGAGUAACGGACCAAACGUCGAGAUCGGAUCUCAGGGAAGUUCUAGCGGCUCCGGAUCUACUCAUAGCGUCGGGAGAGCGAGGAGAAACGCGUUGGAGAGCAGCGAGUGGAGGCGGAAAGUGAGGAGUGUUGAUCUGGAUACAUGUGAGAGCGGGACCGCCUCGACUCCGCAGCUCCACAGUCUCAUCACAGAACCGUACAGAACCUGCGAUAAUCUGUCUGAUAGCGCUCAGGAAUGGAUGAACAACUCUUUAAAGAUCAGUGCUGACGGUCCGAGCACUGGACAUGAUACUGCUGUGGACCUGAACAUCUCACACAACAGCCGGGACAUGGAGAACAGAGAGACCCUGCGUGGGCUGCAGAAGAUGGAGGAUCGGCCUGAAGAGCGUUUGAUCCGAGAGAAGUUGAAGGCCACCUGCAUGCCCACAUGGAAAAGCGAGUGGCUGGAGAGACGUAGCAGGAGGGGACCGAUGGUAGUGAAGCCCAUUCCUCUGAGGGCAGACGGCACUGAGGUUAAAAGUGACGGUCAAAGCUCAUCGUCCUCUCAGAUCAGAGCUCAUCGUAGUCCUUCACCUGGACCUUCCUCUUUCUCAGCAUCCUCCUCAUCCUCAUCAUCAUCCACUAAGACCGCAGUAAAGCCUGAUUCUCCUGGUCUGCGAAGACGGAGGGCAUCUCCAGUGCCUAGCGGAAGGGUGACGCCUCCUCGGAGAGCCCCAUCUCCUGAUGGCUUUUCUCCAUACAGUCCAGAGGAGACCAACCGCAGGGUCAACAAAGUCAUGAGAGCUCGCCUCUACCUGCUGCAACAAAUAGGACCCAACUCAUUUUUGAUUGGUGGAGACAGUCCUGACAACAAAUUCCGGGUGUUUAUUGGUCCACAGACGUGCAGCUGUGGCCGAGGAACGUUCUGCAUCCACGUUCUCUUCGUCAUGCUCCGAGUCUUCCAGCUGGAGCCGUCUGAUCCUCUGCUCUGGAGAAAGACCCUCAAGAACUUUGAGGUCGAGAGUUUAUUUCAGAAGUACCACAGUCGCCGCAGCUCCCGCAUCAAAGCUCCCUCUCGUAGCACCAUCCAGAAGUUUGUAUCCCGCAUGUCAAAUUCUCAUACGUUGUGUACCUCCAGCACCUCUCCAUCCAGCAAUGAAAGCAGUGUGAAAGAUGAAGAGGAACAGAUGUGUCCCAUCUGUCUGUUGGACAUGCUGGAUGAAGAAAGCCUGACUGUGUGUGAAGACGGCUGUAGAAACAAACUCCACCAUCACUGCAUGUCUAUAUGGGCAGAAGAGUGCCGGAGAAAUCAUGAUCCUUUAAUCUGUCCUCUGUGUAGAGCCAAGUGGAAGUCUCAUGAUUUUUACAGUUAUGAAGCCUCAUCUACAGUGGAAAGCACAAAUCGCUCUCAGAGCCAAACAGCAUCAACUUCCUCAUCUUCAUCUGUACAUGCUGAGAGCUCAAGAGUGGGACAGGAUGGGGACUUUUCUCUUCCACAGUAUGGAGUACAGCACAUCCCUCAGACAUACACUGAACUCGCUGAACCCUGGAUUAAGGUGUUUGGUUUGGAGCUGGUGGGAUGUCUCUUCUCCCGCAACUGGAACAUUAGAGAAAUGGCUCUUCGGCGGUUGUCACAUGACGUCAGUGGUGCCCUCCUGCUGGCCAAUGGCGAGCGUUCUGGGGCCGGGGCGGGUGCAGGUCCAGGUCUGGGCACAACCGCUGGCGACGUGUCAGGAGACGUAGUCGUGGAGUGUUGCUGUAGUGUGCUGUCAAUGGUCUGCGCAGACCCCGUCUACAAAGUCUAUGUGGCAGCACUGAAAACCCUCAGAGCAAUGCUGGUGUACACCCCGUGUCACUCCAUGACAGAGCGAACCCGACUACAACAGCUACUGCGACCUGUGGUAGAAACCAUACUGGUCAAAUGUGCAGAUGCAAACAGUCGCACAAGUCAGUUGUCUGUAUCCACUUUACUGGAGCUGUGUAAGGGUCAGAUGGGUGAACUCGCUGUGGGCAAAGAAAUCCUUAAAGCAGGCUCUAUUGGCAUUGGGGGAGUUGACUAUGUGCUGAACUGUAUCUUGGGCUCUAAAACGGAGGCCAGUAACUGGCAGGCACUGCUGGGUCGACUGUGUCUGAUCGACAGGCUGUUACUGGAGUUUCCUGCUGAAUUUUACCCUCAUAUUGUGUCAGAUGGAGAUUGCAGCCAAACCCAAAACGUUGUAGAGAGGUACCAGAAGCUACUGCCUCUUCUAAGUUUUGCGCUGCAGUCCAUCGAUAACUCUCACUCUAUGGUGGGUAAGCUUUCUCGCCGUGUCUUCCUGAGCGCCGCCCGUAUGGUCACUCGUGUGCCUCACAUCUUUGUUAAGCUACUGGAGAUGCUCAACGUCACCAGUUCAACUCACUAUGCCCGUAUGCGUCGUCGUCUCUUGGCCAUCGCAGAGGAGAUGGAAAUCUUAGAUGCCAUUCACAUGGGACUAGAAGACCUUCAGACCAGGCACAGUUUGCAUUCAGACGUCUUCCUCGAACCCUCAGCCCCACAUAACUCCCCGUGCACUACUGAAAGAAACUCUCCCACUCACGAUCUACAGCAGCUGACUGCCAAGGUGGCGUGUCUUGGUCAAACCGAUUCAAAUCCUGUAAAUGAUGUAGCAGAGAGACUCUCUAACAUCGUCACAAGUCCUGCUGAGUUUUCAAAGCCCCCCAUUCAGGCCCGUAACAGACCCAGGAGUCAAUGUUUGAAUUCCCCCUCAUCCAGUCAACCUCCCAGCCUUCCCUCACUAGCCACCGCCAGUGCCUCCUCCUUCCCUUCAGACAGCCCCAAAGCCCUGCCACAAAAUCUUAUACCCAGCAAACUUUCCCACUCCUCGCCGGGUACCCAACGCAAGUCAUUAAUGCAGAAGGCAGUAGGCGGGGUUGGGUGUAGCGGUAAGGACUUGGAGAGGCUGCCAUCUCCUAUGUUUACCCAAGCUCGGCCUCCGCCUUCAAAUCAAAUCCACUGGCCCAAACCGUCUCGACCCUCUCCUGCUACAAAAUCUGAGGGAGCUAAAGCUUUAAGUCCAGGGACAAGGAGGAACAUGAAACUGGACCUUCAAGAGGUCAGGUCGGGAGAUAAUCCAAUCUGCAGUGGGGGAUCUGCGUUUAUCCACAGCGAAGAUGGUGUCUUCACUCCUGUGGAGGAGAAAUUAUGCGUUCUCGGCGCUUCGGCCGAGCUCAACUCCAGCAUGGAGGACCUGUUGGAAGCCUCCAUACCCGCAGCAGACAGCACAGUUACCUUCCAGUCCGAAGUAGCGGUGCUGUCACCAGAGCAAGUAAAUGCAAACGAUGACACGUACAGCGAGGAUGUGACCCAGAACAAGAAGUGCAGGGAGAAGAUGGAAGCUGAAGAGGAGGAGGCCCUGGCUGUUGUCAUGGCGAUGUCAGAGUCACAGGACGCACUGCCCAUUAUACCGCAGUUACAGGUGGAUAAAGGAGAAGACGUCAUCAUUAUUCAGGUGGAUACACCCGAGACUCUUCCUGGUCAUACCAAAGCAAAGCAGCCAUACAAGGAGGGUAUGGAGUGGCUGAAGGGUCAGCAGAUUGGUCUCGGGGCUUUCUCUUCAUGUUAUCAGGCCCAGGAUGUGGGCACUGGCACUCUGAUGGCUGUUAAACAGGUGACGUAUGUUAGGAACACCUCCUCAGAGCAGGAGGAGGUGGUGGAGACCCUGCGGGAGGAGAUUCGCAUGAUGGGUCUCCUCAAUCACCCAAACAUCAUCCGGAUGCUCGGAUCCACCUGCGAGAAGAACAACUAUAACCUUUUUGUGGAGUGGAUGGCAGGUGGGUCUGUAUCACAUCUGUUAAAUAAGUAUGGUGCCUUUAAAGAGGGUGUAGUCAUCAACUACACAGAGCAGCUCCUGCGAGGUCUCGCCUACCUCCAUGAAAAUCAGAUCAUCCACCGGGAUAUCAAAGGUGCUAAUCUACUGAUUGACAGCACAGGUCAGAGGUUACGAAUAGCUGAUUUUGGGGCGGCGGCUCGUCUGGCGUCUAAAGGCACGGGUGCGGGCGAGUUUCAGGGACAGCUGCUGGGAACCAUUGCCUUUAUGGCUCCUGAGGUGUUGAGAGGACAGCAGUACGGUCGUAGCUGUGAUGUCUGGAGUGUUGGCUGUGCUAUUAUUGAGAUGUCCUGUGCUAAACCUCCAUGGAAUGCUGAGAAACACUCUAACCACCUGGCACUCAUAUUUAAAAUCGCCAGUGCCACAACAGCACCUAGUAUCCCACCUCAUCUGUCUCCAGGCCUGAGGGACGUCACAUUGAGAUGCCUCGAGCUCCAGCCCUCCGACCGACCGCCCUCCAGAGACCUACUGAAACAUCCCGUCUUCCGCCACGCCUGGUAGAUCAUUACUGAAUCUGCCAGACUUCAUACUACUGAGGGUCGAGUCUGACCUGUGCCUCAUACUGCUGUCAUGGUUUUAUGUCUCUCUUUCUCUCACCGAUGCAACUGCACAGAUGCUGUGUCCUCAGCGUAUGAUGCAAAAAAACAUGCUCGCAUGAAGUAGGAAGGAGUUGCUAUUUCUGUUGAAAGCAUCCCAGUCUGUUUUCCUGCUUGUCUGUUUUUGAAAGGGUGGGAAUUCAGGGCAUCAUCAUUUGUAGAGGUGCUCGAACGGUUUGGGUCAUUUUUGAAAGCGUCUCAUGUGUUAAAUCCACUCUGGAUAAACACUUUUAAUUCAGUCGUGUCUGGACGUGUCAGGCGUCAUGCUUCGUUUUAUACUUCGAAUGUGUUUUAGAGAAACAAAUCUUUGCUAGUUGAACUAGCUCAAGGCUGAAUGUGAAUGCUGUGAUGAUGAUAUAUUUUUCUUUUCCUUCAUUUCUAAAUGCAGACCGUCUAUAAAUGUCUGAUUUUAAUUGUUUAAGCUCACUUGGGAACCUGAUUUAGACAGUUUGGUUUAAUGUGUUUAUGCGUCACAUCUCACUGGAACAUCUUUUCUGAUCUAAGUUUUCACUUCAUAAGAUCGACGACUUUUGUCAUUUCAGAUGUGGAUUCAUGAUUAAUGUUGAUAUAUUUUCUUUGUUUUCAGCUGUUGUUUUGGUGCUGUUCUGUUCACUGUCAUGGCUGUUUGUAAAUUAUUUGAUUCGAAACAUUUAAGGACCAUUUAGUUCACGUUAUAAAGAGUUGGUGACCUGGGGUUGUUUAGUAUACUUCCAGAUAUUAUUACUGCAGGUAAACAUGCUGUUAAACAUUUCGGUGGAGGGAUCGUAUUCAGAUAAUGACAUUUAUAUAUUUGUUUUCUCUUGAUAAUGAUAACAUGUUCAAAAAACGUCAGGUGUUUGAACUCAAGCUCUUCAAGUUUUUUAUUGCUGUUUUAAAUUAAAGAGAUUCUUUGAAAAUUUGAAGUUUUAAAAUGAAAUGCAUUUAUUAGGACUCCCUUUUUGCAAAUCUUAAGGAGUUUGAAAUGUGACAAAAUAUUUUAGACAUGAUUUUAUUUAAAGCAAAUCAAGCCUGAAGAGUUAAGAUGUAAAUAAAUGUUGGUAGCUAAAUGUAUUUUACUUGACUUGCAUACAUCUAUUUUUUUAACCACACUUCAUAAAUGCAUAUUUUUGUUUCUGCAUUGGGUGUAUUUUCCUUAUAUUUGACUUUUUCUAUGUCUUUUUAAAAGCUUUAAAGUUAUGCACUCUUGUCUUUUUUAUAUACUGGAGCUUUUCAGUUUAAAUCAUAAAUCUAAUCAGUAUUACUUGAGUCUUCUGUUAUUUCUUUUCAAGUUGCAGUCAGUUUGUCGGUCGCUGUUUAUUUUGUAUUCAGUGCCUCUUGUUCAUUAUUUCAUGGGCUUUUUUUGAACUGGGCUAAACAGACUCGUGUCAAAUGAUGCUGAUGUUUUUUUGUCUUUUGGUACUUUUUGAUGUGAAGAUGGUCUAUUGCUGUUUUAUUCCAGUCUUUUCUACCUCAGGUGUCCUAUAGAAUUUUCUUCUACCAAAGUUCACUUUCUCAAUAUAUAUAUAAAAAAUUAUAUAUAUAAAUAUAUAUAUUCUUUUAUUAUAAUUUUUUAUCUCUUUCUUUUUCUUUCUGAAAGAUCACCAGGGCUUAAGGGCUAACUUGUAUUAGCACCUUCAACUGUGCAAAUAAAUCUCUGGGUUCAGCUAAAGAGAAUGAAAUUGGCUAAAGCUGUGUCUUUUAAUUCUUGUGUAGCUUUUGUCAAAAUGUUUUAAUCGGUUUUUACACCAUUUGAAACAUUUUUAUAAUGAAAUCCAUCUAUUUUGGUCUUUAUAGCAAAUAAAACAUGUAGAUAAAAGACU